CGAAAUUAUCGUGGGUCCAAAUCUAAAACUGCAUGAACAAUUUUCUAUUGCAAACAAUCCCUCUCUCAGAUUUACCUAAUUAGAACAAAAAUUGUCGAAAAACGAGAUAAUUGUUCGGUGAGUUGCAGAAAUCAUGAGUUAUUACAAUCAGAAUAAUCAGCCGCCGCCGGUCGGCGUUCCUUCUCCUCAAGGAUAUCCGCCGCCCCCAGAAGGAUAUCCAAAGGAGGGCGGAUAUCCGCCGCAGGGGUACCCGCCCCAACCCUACCCACCCCAGGGGUACCCACCCCAACCCUACCCACACCAGGGGUACCCACCCCCAGGGUACCCUCCCCAGCCGCAGGGGUACCACCCCUACCCCCCACAAUACGCUCCUCCGCCACCGCCACACCACCACAACCAUAAGCCUAAUGGCGGCGACAGUUUCUUGCAAGGAUGUUGUGCUGCACUUUGCUGCUGUUGCCUGCUGGAUGCAUGCUUCUAGUGAAGGAAUGUUAAAUGAAAUGCAGUGAAACUGAAGGCUACACUCCAAUAUUCUUAUUUACUUAAAUAAUCAUUGUUUAAUUUGCUCUUAAUUUUUUUAUCAGUCAAGUUUUCACUGUGAUUAAUUUGGAAUGCUGAGA